AAGAUGCUCUCCUACAGCGUGCUGGACGCCAACGUGGUGGAUGUGGAGAAGCGGAGGAACCCCUCGAAGCACUACGUCUAUAUCAUCAAUGUAACAUGGUCUGACCUGACUACCCAGAUCAUAUACCGGAGAUACAGCAAGUUCUUUGACCUUCAGAUGCAGCUUCUGGACAAGUUCCCUAUUGAAGGAGGCCAGAAAGAUCCCAAGCAAAGAAUCAUCCCAUUUCUACCAGGCAAGAUCCUGUUCCGGAGGAGCCAUGUCCGAGAUGUAGCUGUGAAAAGGCUGAAGCCCAUUGAUGAGUACUGCAGGGCACUAGUUCGACUUCCUCCUCACAUCUCACAGUGUGAUGAAGUCUUCAGGUUCUUCGAAGCUCGCCCAGAAGACCUUAACCCUCCAAAAGAGGACUAUGGCUCUUCAAAGAGAAAAUCAGUUUGGAUGUCCAGUUUGUCUGAGACUCCAAAAAAGAGUGUCACUCCAGGUGCUGAUGCUAGCUCUGAACCCAUGAUCCUGGAGCAAUAUGUGGUGGUGUCCAACUAUGAGAAGCAAGAGAACUCUGAGAUCAGCCUCCAGGCUGGAGAGGUCGUGGAUGUCAUAGAGAAAAAUGAAAGCGGUUGGUGGUUUGUGAGCACAGCAGAAGAGCAGGGCUGGGUCCCUGCUACGUACCUGGAAUCCCAAAAUGGAACCAGAGAUGACUCUGACAUCAACACAUCCAAACUUGGGGAAGUUUCUAAGCGACGCAAGGCUCACCUGAGACGCCUGGACCGGCGAUGGACGCUGGGCGGGAUAGUCAACAGGCAGCAGAGUCGAGAAGAGAAAUAUGUCACUAUCCAGCCGUAUGCCAGCCAGGGGAAGGAUGAGAUUGGAUUCGAAAAAGGGGUCACCGUGGAGGUCAUCCAAAAGAACCUGGAAGGAUGGUGGUACAUAAGGUAUCUAGGCAAAGAGGGCUGGGCUCCAGCUUCAUACCUGAAGAAGGCUAAAGAUGACCUUCCAUCUAGAAAAAAGAACUUAACUGGGCCAGUGGAAAUCAUAGGAAACAUCAUGGAGAUCAGCAACCUGCUAAACAAGAAGUCAUCCACUGACAAGGAAACUCAAUCAGAAAAUGAGACUGCAGAAACCCACAUCACCAAGAAGGAAAUCAGUUUGCCCAUCCUGUGCAAUGACUCUAAUGGCAAUGCCAUGAUGACCCCAGACAAACAGGCUUCCAAACUGGCCCAGGGAUCCCCAGCCAUAGCAAGGAUAGCACCGCAAAGAGCUCAAAUAAGUUCUCCAAAUCUAAGAACAAGGCCGCCCCCACGAAGAGAAUCCAGUCUGGGAUUUCAGUUGCCCAAACCACCAGAGCCACCGUCUGUGGAAGUGGAAUACUACACCAUUGCAGAGUUCCAGUCAUGUAUCUCUGAUGGCAUAAGCUUUCGUGGAGGACAAAAAGCAGAGGUAAUAGAAAAAAAUUCUGGUGGCUGGUGGUAUGUGCAGAUUGGAGAGAAGGAAGGAUGGGCUCCAGCUUCUUAUAUUGAUAAGAGGAAGAAACCGAAUUUAAACAGAAGAACCAGUACUUUAACCCGCCCAAAAGUUCCUCCCCCAGCACCUCCCAGUAAACCAAAAGACUCUGAAGAAGGAUCAACUCCUGGGACAGUUUCUUCAGGAGACACCCAGGACUCUCCCCACAAGCUGAAAUAUGAAGAACCUGAGUAUGAUGUGCCUGCCUUUGGCUUUGACUCAGAGUGUGAAGUGAGUGAAAGUCAUCAUGAAGAGGGCACUCCAGAAAAACGACUGUUUCAGCCUCUCAAGCCCUCUCCUGUGUCAUCACUUCAAAAAGCAAAGUUCAAAGUAGGAGAAUCUUCAGAAGAUGUUGCUCAUGAGGAAGAGACCAUCUAUGAGAACGAGGGAUUCAGGCGUUAUGUGGAAGAUGCUUUGUGCAAUAAGGAAUCUAGUGGAGACUCAGAUUCUCAGAAAAGCUCCUCUGUUUCCUUGAUCCAAAGGACUUCUCCAUGUUCCAGCUCUCCUAAAUCAUCGCUUGUGACACUUAAGAUGGACAAAAACAUUCAGCCUGAUCUUGGAAAAUGCCACUAUUCCAGGAGUGAGGAGACAAAACCAAGGUCAGCUUCAGAUGUUGGCUUACGGAGCAUGCCAAGAACAGGCAUGAAGAAAGAGCCUGGGCAGAGUCCUUCCAUUAGAGCAAAGCCAAUCGUUCGGCCCAAACCCUUCCUGAACAAGGCAGACUCUCAGAGCCAAGAAAAGAUGGAUAUCAGCACUUUGAGGCGUCAGCUGAGGCCAACUGGGCAACUCAGAGGUGGACUUAAAGGUUCAAGAAGUGAAGAUUCCGAGAGCCCCACACACACAGGUUCUGAAAAUCAAGAUGAUCCUGUCAGGAGAAGCUCAGCUGAUCUCAUUACAGCUCCUUCUCGUGGCAUUUUCUGCUCUAGCCAUCCAGCCAAAGCUGAGCAAGAAAAUGACUCUAGAUGUUUUUAUGUGACCACUGACUCAUACCAAAAGGUGCAGGAUUCUGAAAUUUGCUUCCCAGCAGGAGUAGAAGUGGAAGUGCUGGAAAAGCAAGCCAGUGGGUGGUGGUACCUGAAAUAUGGAGACAUGGAAGGCUGGGCUCCUUCCCAUUAUUUGGCUCUCCCUGAUAACCAGCGAGAAACCACAUCAGAGGAGACUGAUGCCUCAUUUGCCAGGAACAGGAAAAAUGAAAACAAGUCAAACAGUUUAGAGAAGAUAGAGAAGAGGGUUCAGGUUUUGAACACCAUCAACCAGAGCAAACGCGCAACGCCACCCAUCCCAAGCAAACCUCCUGGUGGUUUUUCAAAAACAUCAGGACCAGUCAAAAUGAGGAAUGGUGUGAGGCAACUUGCUGUCCGACCACAGUCAGUGUUUGUGUCUGCACCACCAAAGGAUAAUAACCUGUCAUGUUCCUUGCGCAGAAAUGAGUCGUUAACAGCUACAGAUCAUCUUAGGACCAUCCGUCGGAAUUCAUCCUUCAGCAACGCACGGUCGCAGCCUGGGGACAUGAAGGGAAAGCAGCCUGAGCGGUCGGGUACAGAGGGCUCAGAGACCACCUCCAACCUUCCCACCCAGAGGAAUGGGAUUCCUGUAUCCACAGUCAGACCGAAGCCCAUUGAGAAAUCCCAGUUCAUCCACAACAAUCUCAAGGACAUCUAUGUUUCCAUUGCAGACUAUGAAGGUGAUGAAGAGACUGCAGGGUUUCAGGAAGGUGUCUGCAUGGAAGUCCUCGAAAGGAACCCAAAUGGCUGGUGGUACUGCCAGAUCAUGAAUGGUGUGAAGCCUUUCAAAGGCUGGGUGCCCUCAAAUUACUUGGAGAAAAAGAACUAAUAUUGCAAUAUCUUUAACCUCCCUAAUUUAUACUGUUCCUGCUGUGUACAUGUGGAAAAAAUAAUUGCUACACAAAAAGACUUUUCCCUGUGCUCCAGUUUAUACAAAGGGACAAAGGAGUCUGUGCUGUGGGCAGAUCUACCAUGUUCUGGAGAGGUUUGUGGGGUUAACAUGUUGUCAGCAUCCACGAGGAAGAUGCAGCAUAGUCAAAUGCCUUUUUGUGAAGCUGUUAAUAAUCUUGUAUGUGUAACAGGGUAUGACAUCCCAUCUUUCCCAUUAUUGAUAGGAAACCAAAUGUGUGCCUUUUGUGAGAGAGAAAUACACAUGCAUCUACUUGGGGAGUUUUGUGCCAAACUCUUUUACAGUCUUGGCUCCCUUUCUCCUCCUUGUCCAUACAUGGAAUACCCAAGUUUUGGAUUCUUUUCCACAACUUAUAGUGAGAAGCGAAUGGGAGUUACUGAAACAUGGAGGGACUCUAAUCUUUUGGAGAUGUUCCCUUUUUUUUUUUUUUUUUUUUUUUUACUGUUCUCAAUAGUUGGUUGGUCCAGAGUUGGAGCCUUUUCAUCAUGGAGAGAUUUGGUCUCUGACUUCAGCUGUGUUUUCUUGUUACUGCUAACUCACAGGAAAAGGCAAAUCAGGUGGUGUUGGUUGGGGGCUUUUUGUUUCCUUUUGUUCUGUCUUGUUCUUUGAGUUGGGAUUUCAGGUGUUCUAGGGCAGCAAUGCCUACUGGUGCUUGUAAAAACAAACCUACAAACCCCAUGUUUAAGCACAUUGAUUACUUUGCAGGCUCCAUAUUUGGUUCUGUGCCUGACUCCUGCCAGGUGAUCCUGGUUGAUUCUCUUCUCAGAGUUGGGUUUCUCAAAACUUCUUGUAAUGUCAAAAUGUACAGAAGACCCUUAAGACACCUAAGACAAAGCUGUCAAAUGUGUUACUUCUGGUUUUGUGAUCUGGUCCGAAUCCAAGUGUGCUGACUGCUGGCAGGGCCCACAAAGGUGUUAGUUAGAAAUAGCUGUAACCUUCUGCUACAUCAGUGUUUACAAUGAGGGGGGGAAAAAGCCAUCAAACUCAGUCUGCACAUCCUUAAUUUGUAUAUUUUUGGGGACCUGUUUAUCUGUGUUUUGGUUUUGUCUUUUCUGUGCAUUCUGGGUUUACUUUAAUUUUUUUGCUUUGUUUUACCAGAAGAGAUUUAAAACUGAAGUAGGAGCCAAAUGUGUCUUUCUGUUCCAACUUGACUCCAAAAAGUACAUUUGUACUGGAAAGUGUGUCUGUGCUUCUCAGGCUCAGAGAUUUAGAAUCAAAGCAAUUAGGUCUACAAGGUAUCAAAGCAGGAAGGUGCCUCUAAUUCCUUUUCUGUUUGCCUUUCUUAACUCAUGCUUUGAAACAUGGCACACAGUGGGGUAGUGUGGUGGGUAAUGCAAGAAGCAUCCAUUGGAAUAGGUUGUGAAUAUGGAGGUAGCCAAUGCUUGUACUGUAAACAUUAUUGGCUAAAUCCCUGCUGUAUUUGAGGAAGUCACGCCUUUUUUUAUUUAAUGGCCUUGUUAAUCACUCAAGAUCAAUACCAAGUUCCUUUAAACAAUAGGCAGUGUUUUAGGGGGGAGGAGGCAGACAUUUAACUACUGGCUUACACAAAACAAUACAUGCCCUUUUUUCCACCAGAGCUUCAUACUGAUUUGGCUUGGAAGGUAAAGGUUAUAAAGACUUUAAAAUAGCUGGGAUCAAGGCGCUAAGUAAAAUAGGACAACAAUGUGUUGCUGGGGAUGUUUCUCUGCCAAAAAAAAUUUACACAAUUUAUAUGUUGUUCUUGUCUUUAUUGUUUUUGUGUGUGUGUGUAUGGUUUGGGUUUUUUUGAUUAAUUUUCAUGGUAACAUUGAGAGAGUUGCCCACAGCUUACCUGACUGAUGUCCUUCUGAUAGCUGAAACAGCAUCCAGGCAACUUGGCUACGAACUGUGCUGUGGUUUGAGCAGCUCUGUAUCCAACUGGGGAGGGAGGGUGUUUGAUUGGGAUCCCUUUAAAUUGUGGUGGCAGGAGAAGGAGGUGUAUCUGCACAACAGCUCAUGUCACAGUGUGUAGGGUCCUCUUUGUACCUUACGUCUUACCAUAUAAUAUAUAUGUAUAUAUCCAGUUAGCUACAUCUCUACUGGAUGUGUAUCUGAGGCAUUGUGGCCCUGUCUCUCAAACUUCUCCCCAUUUUUAGUUGUACUAAUAUGGUAGCAGCCAUAAAAGGCUGCUGGAGCUGUUGUGAGAUUAUAAUAGAAGUAUUAUAUUCUUCUGCUGGACAGUAUUAAAUAGAGCAAUACAUAGAGUUAUCUGCUAGAUUGCAGUACUAAUAGUAGUGACUUAGUGACUCGUAUUAAUGUUGUUAUGAUUUAUUUUAACAAUAAUGAUGCGGAAGUGGUUCAUUAUUUUGAAUUAAUGCACUUUAACAAUAAGAAAACCCAAAAUGGAAGCCAAUGCAGAGAACUAAGUGCAUUAUUUAAAGGCGCAGUAUAUAAUUAUCAUUUUCUUGAAGCACAUAUUUAUUAAGAAUUAACUUAUUAUUUAAAAUAUUCUAAAGUUUUGUUUAAAGACAUUCCCACUAGGUCAUCUCUUUGGGUGGAUGCAAAAGCACAGCUCCCAGAUCUUCUGCAUUGAGCCACUGAAUUCUCUGAGUACGGUGCGGCAUGACGUGAGCCCCUGCCCAGGGACAGGAAAGCAGCAGCAGGUGGGAGACCUGGACUACUGUAAAUGUUCACCCUUAAAAUCCAGCAAGGCCAAGCCCGGUGCACCUCUGAACUGCAGGAGUCCUUACAAGAUUUGGGGUGGCAAAGCUGUUUUUGGCAGACUGGUUGUGUUGCCUGGCUGCCAUGCGCCUCGCAUGAGCCUGGUCCCCAGUGGAUGCAAGCUCAAUGUGAGGCUCAGGUCAGUGUGAGGACUUCAGGACCUGCCUGUGAAACACGGGCGAGCUCUGUAAGAGACAUCAGCCUGUCACACAGCUCCCUUUCCACCCACUGGCUUGCUUUUCCAGCUCUGGCUUUUGCAAGGAGGUGGUUUGUCAAGCUCCAAGUGGUGCAAGGGAUUACAGACUGAGGGUGCCUGCAGUACUGCCAGGGUUUUCUCAAGCAGCAGCCCAGUCUUUAGGGCUCAAUUGCUCUUUUAUCCCAUCUCAAAGGCUUCAUGGGCCCCUGAGGAGAGGCCAGAGGCUGUAGAUGGGCUGCAAAGCUCGUGGCCUCCCUCCUUCCUCUGCCCUCACCUGCACCAGCAAAAAGGGUGGGGUGCAAAUGACCUGCUUGAUGCUAGAAAUGAACGUGGGCCACUGCUGGCAUGCCAGGCUUCCUGCCUUGUGGGAGAUCUUUGGUUUGGGCUUCCCAUUAUACAGUGCCUGUUUUAAAGGGCAAUGUUAAAGCAAAUAUCCUCCAAUGCAGUUUUUUCCCUUUUGUAUUUUACCAUUGUUGCUGCAUCUCUCACUGAUGUCUUUUUUCAUUUAUUCAGCUGAGAGAUAUCAGGAAGAGCAUUAUUUUUAUUUUUUUUUUCAUUGGCAAGCACCUAGUAUUGGUCAGCUCCACUGAUACCCGAAAUAGCAAGCCCUUUCCACUGUUGGCUGUGAAACAAUGCAAAAAGCCUUAAACUAAAUCAGAAAAGCUGCAGGGCAGGAAAACCUGGCACGGUGCCCAAAAGGACAAUGUAGUGCUAUAAGUGUUUCAGCUCUUUUCUAAAAUGUUAAUGUCUCCUUAAGCUUUUUUUACUAAAUUUGUCAAAACUGACACUGGAUCAAGAGCAAUAUUUAAAUAACACCUCAGUGAACACUCAAUGCAGAAAUCAAUAGUACUGUUUAAAUUUCUCUAUUUCUGGUUUAUUCUUGAAGCAGAUAGUUAAGAGCUCUGCAAGGCUUGGGCAAAGCCACUUGCAACUGAAGGGGGCCCUCCUCCGGGGGAAGAGGCAGCUGCCGUCGCUGCGUUGCUCUCACCCCCGCUGUCCGUGCUUUUCCAAAAGUCUUGAAUUUGGACCAGCAGAAAAUCCAAACUCCCAAUGCCAGAGAACAAAAUUUGAGAAUGUGAAAAUUGUGUCUUGCUGUAUACUGCAACUUUAAUAAUAAUGAGCACUUCUGAGUUCGUUAUUGAGGUUUAUAUAAUGCCUGAAAAGUUUAAUUGCUGGUUUCCCUUUCAAAACUCUUUCUCAUAACAGCAAGAGUAAUACAUUUUUCUUAGUAGCCCUUCCCUAUGGGAGGCAACUCCUGUUAAUUGUUUUAGCUCUCACACCUUGCAUUGGGUGGGUGUAGUCAUAGGUACCAGUCCUUUGCAAGCCAAAUUUUUCAAGAUAAAAGAUAUGAUGGGCAUGUGUCUAGAUAUUUAGCUGAUGUGUCGACAGGAAGUUUUUUAAUUUAUGUGUACUAUAAUAGCAAAUACACAAUAAUGAAGGAUUGAAAUUGGCUCACGGUUAGACUCUUAAAAAUGGAAUUUCACGUCAGCACGGGUAAGGCUAAAAAAUGGAGUUGGCUCUUGUGGAUAUGCAGCCUAAAGACUCUUUCCGUUAUGAUGCUCUAAUGUUUGACGAAGGCAUUAUAUAAUUGUUUUCAUCACUUUCAGAUCUUAAUGAAUCAUAUUUUAUUGUAAUAUAUAUUCAUUGCUUUCCUCAGUUAAAAAGAAAGUUACUGCUUUUAUCUUAUAUGAAAAACAAGGGACUUUGAUAAAGCAUUCAUUAUUUUCAUAUUACUAGUAUUAACAGAAUAGAACUAGUACUAUUUAAUUUUAGAUCUUCAUAGCUAGCUUGUUAAUAACUCAUAUUUUCCUGUGUUGUAUCCUGCUAAUUUUUUCUAUUUGUUCCUAAAUACUCUGCAUUCUUGAGAAAAAAAAAAAAAAAAAAGAAAUCCAAUGAGUGGAUAAGUGCAAUAUUCAUAGAAUAAACAGGCCCCUCAUCCAGGACUUGGAGUGGAACGUGCAGUGUGAAAUGUUUGCAAUUCUCUAUUCAUGCACUCUUAAGGGAAGGUAAAAUUCAGGGGAGGGGGCAGCUGGAUGAGAACAGGAUGCUUGGGUAGGUAGGGACUGUUACUGGGGUAGUUUGAAGUGGGAAUGGCUGCGUUUCAUGAAAAAAAGCAUCAACUGUUACUGAAAGUAUAAAGAUUAUGAAGCAUGUUACCAGGAUUAUGUAUAGAAUGUGCAUUAACAUCCUUAUCAAUACAGAACUUCUGAGCUAUGCUUGAAACACUCUGUCAUCAAUGCAUGAUACUGUCUUUUGGUAUGUCUCUGCUGGUUACGUCCUCUGUUGUGCUUCAGAAUCAAUGGUAACUUCUGAAGGGAAAAUAAUUCUGCUGGUGCAGUCCCAUGUAUUGAUACUAUAUUGUUACUUGUAUUUAUUGCAAGAGCUAUGGGAAUGUUUUACAGGUCCUCAUUUCCUUUUCUUAUUGUUAACCUCAGAAAAGAAGUCCCCAUUUUGGCUGGGUUAGUUCUCACCUGCAGAAUUUCACAGCUGAUUGGGGUCUUGAUUUCAUAUUUCUUACAUUGCAAAGGCUCUCAGGUCCAAAAAAAACAUUGAGCAGAAACUUUGCUCUUCAAAGGUUUUGUCUUAAAUUCCAUUUGAAUGGAGGAAGUACUUCCAUAUUUCCAAAAUAAUGUGACUUUUCAGGUAGCAGCAAAAUCUACUACCUGUGAAAAACUGGACUCUUUUCAUAAGAUGCAAGAGAAAUGUGAAAGCCAGAGUAUUUGAUUCUCUGAGCUCCGGGAAGUGCAUCUGCUUUGACUCUAGUUCAUGUCCCUGGAGAGGGGGUGUACCUCAGCUUUCUGCUUAAUCUUUGUCCUGCUGUUCUUAAGUUUGUCAAAAAAAGCCUUAGUAUUACCAGAGACAUUUGCAUUCAAACAGAAAAGACUAAUUCUGUAGCUGUACUGAAAUAGUAUCAGUUACAUGAUUUUGGGAAACCUCUAACACUUUACAAAUGAAUCUGGUUUGGAGGAGCUAACUUUCACAUGCUCUUGUCUAAACUGGCAAGAAGUCCACGAACAUCAGUAGAGUUACACUGACAGAAGACACGCAGUGGAGCAAAGCACUUUGCGGGCUCUCAGCACAGACCAUUCUCAGCAAAAGCAAGUGCUGUGCCCUCAGUUCCAGCACCUCAGAAGGGUGCACAGGAUUGCUGAGCCUUGAUGCUGCCAUGCCAUGAUCCACUUCCCUGCAGGUCUUGCAGCUUUUUAAAACCAACUGGAGCUUUGCUGCUAUUUGCUGGUGGCAUCCCAUCACUGACUGCUUCUUCUCUGGCAAUUUCAGAUGCUAUUUAGCUGUGUAGUGAAGUGCUGUGUAUAAAUGCAAAUGUUUGAUAGCUGCCAACAGUACCAAUAUGAUGGUCUGAGAGCAAAUGUUUGUGUAAGUUAUUUUAUUUUCAUUUGCUUCUAGUUGCUUAGUAGAAGCAGGGACCACCAGUGCGGCAGUGCAUGGCGGAAUGUGUCUGCACACUUGAACUGUUUGAUGGCCUCUGGUAGCUCUUCCCAGUGCUUGUAUUUCUCUUUCUCUCCCUCUGUGCUGCUCAGUAGCCAUGUUUGUUGUGUGUGUCUGUGAUUUUUCAAAUAAAGUACUGUAUGUAGGGCUGGAUCCAGAAGCCCUCACAGUCAGUUGGCUUUGGGUUGAGAUGUAGGUUGCUGUUGCUGCUUUUCCUCCUCCAUCUUAGACCCAACCUGGAGCAAAGCACAGAUGUCUGUAAAAAGUCACACAUAACUCUACUUUGGGGUGUCAGUUUUGUGGGGUGUGCAUGCAUUGCCAAGGGUGGGGCGAGGGGAUCAUUUUUCUCGGGUGCCUUCACAUCAGGGCUAGGGCUUUGCAGCAAUUCCUGGAGCAAAAGCUGCACCGUGUACAGACCUGAGUGAUACAGGCAGAACAAAUUAGUUUCUCCCAUUUUAUAAUGUCAGGGCUGGGCUGGUCCCAUCAGCAAUGUUCUUCAUUUGUUCUUGCAUCAAGGUAGUGUUAAUUCUAGUUGGAGAGUGCAAUUUUUGUUUUUGGGGUUUUUUUGCUUGGUUUUUUAAUAAAUAAUUUGGCUUAAAGCUUCACACUGGCGUUUUACAGACCUGUUCUUGUCAGCAUAAACCACUGCUGUCCUGAGUUGAGACUCCUGUUUGUUACUGAAUCAAAAUAAUGGGAAUUAUGUUGAUAAUUUGGAAAGAAAUUAAGAGGUAUCUAUAUUGGCAGGGGAGGGAAUGAUAAAAUAUGCUGAAAAAUAUUUCUAAUAAGGUCAUAAAUUAUUUGGUCUGACACUGCAGGUUCUUUCUCUGUAUAGAUGGUUUUAAUACAUCACUGCUCUGUGUUAGGAUUUUUCAUUAUCAAGAAAAGUUGAGUUUUUCACUCUGUGAUACACCAUGACAAUCUGUAUCCCAAAGCCAAUGAUCCACCAAAGAGACACAAACAUGGAUUACGCAUUUGCUGUAGUUGAGGCAGUUUGUGUGGCUGGGAGUUUGUAAAAUACACGGAGGUUUGGCUGACAGGGCGGGCUAGAGUGGCUGCUCCAGGCCGUCCUGCAUUGGCCCUCUGUAAAAUACCCCUGUGUGAGUGGCACUUCUGGGAAAAUGUUUGGUUUAGUGAUCUUUCCCUGAUUCUCAGGGUUAUUUGGUUACAGUGGUACCUGUCUUUCUUGGUCCCUACUUGGUGGAGGAGAACAACAGAGGGGAUGGAGAAUCACUUGGCACUCUAGGAGGGGUUUUAAAAUAUAACAAUAUUUAAAAAAUAAUAUUUCAGGCUUCUCCUCUUCAAAGCUGUGUUAGUAACUGUAUUUGAUGGCUGAAAUUUAAGCAGUUUGGCAGCCUUCUCUGUGCAAACAGUUCUUUUGUGGCUUGAGAGCUUGUUCUUGAACUGCUUCUAGGUCACCAGGGAAGUGGUAAUAAAUAAACAAAAUCCCAUCAUCACCCUUGGGGUUUAGCCUGGGGGAUCAUAAAAUUCUGCUCUGACUCUGGACCUCCCUGAACAUCCAGGUUUGGUUUGUUUCCAUCUCCGGCAAGCAGGACAGGAGAGAAUAAUGUAGUCAGUGGAACUUAGCCUGUAAUUAACUGGAACAAAUGAAAAAGAAAUUAAAAAUAAACCUUUUAAAAAGCAAAAUAUUUCAAUGAAUAAGUGAAUAGCUGACUUAACUAUUUCCUGUCUUGGAUUUUCGUGAAGGGGAGAAAAAAAGUUAUAAUUGUUUCCAGUCUCUAGGAGGAAUUCUUCUGCAGCAUGGUACAUAGGCUUGCUGAAAAGACUUGCUCAUUACUCAUGGCGAGUUCAAACCUGGAGUAUUGCAAAGCAAAGUGCGUGUAGCAUUACAAUGGCUUUUUUGUACUGAGGGUCCAGACUUGAGUGUUGUGGGGUCAGCAGUGCACAGAGUAGGUGCAUUUCUGCUGUCUGGCUAACUUCACGUGACAUCAGUGUGGUUCCUUUAUUGCAGAUUUAAUUGCAGACAGCACAGCAGUGCUCGUUACCCUGCUUGCAGUGUUUGGGGAGGAUCAAGCAGAUGAGCCUUCUCAGUUGAGACUCGGUAUCAAAUUUCACGUUAGGAGAAGUCUUGCCAGCAGGUUGAUUGAUGGGUGCUUAGGCUAAAGUUCAAAUGCAGAUAACCCAAGGUAGGUAUUGAAAGCAGCUCAGCUGGAUGUGUACAUCUGCAGCCGUUUCCAGAGUUGUUAAUUAGCCCAAAUUGCCUCGGGAAAUGGUGGGUAGUCAGUUAUUGGGAGCUUAAACCUGUUGUUGAAUGAAGGCUGAAAUCUGUUUCAAUGGUUGUGCUCCCUUCUGUUAACAGAGCAAUUGCACGUGGCUGGACUGGAAAUCCCUACGGAUUUUGCUGUCCCAAAUUUGUAUUUAACAAAAAACCAAACCAAAACAAACGGAUCUAGGCCAGGUCUAAGUGAGGCUUUGCAGUGGGUUUUCUCAGUGGUUGAUGUUCUUAAUGUAACCUUGAAUAUUAGAUGUUGGUGUCAUUUCUGUGUUGGUGUAGUGCUCCAUUUUCUAGUAUUUAGGUGGUGGGAAUGUACCUGGUGGGAGCUGGGAGAGUAUGUUGGUGACCAGAGAUAGAGAAAUGUGUGGCUGGUCUUAGUGCGUGUGGUCAGGUUGGUGACACUUUUUUUUGUCUUUGUUUGUUUUUCUUUUUAACAUGGGAACCAUUCUGUCUGUUCUGCGUGGGAAAAGGUCUAGAAGUUGGUGUGGUUUCUGUUGCAGUUUAUAUGAGAAGGAAUAACUGAUAGCUUGUGUUUUGUUUUUUUUUCCUUUUUAAGAGAGUUUAUGGGCUGGAGUCCGUUCAGUUUGUUUAAGGUUGCACGUUAAGCCAAGAAAGGAAGAAAAUGAGUCUGGGAAACCCUCUUCUGUGGUAACAGCUUUGGACCAUAUUUUCUUGUGGCCAGGCCAGCUCCACUGAAGGUAGUGGAGUGAAUAUUGUUAAUCAUUAAAAUAUUAGAGCUUUUUGGUUAAGUAUUGAUUCCUUCAGAGCUGACAGCUUUUUUGACAUUCACAGCAUUGCUCUUGAACGUACCAAUAGCAAAUAUGAGCUAGAGACAGAAAUAGUAACUGCAGCCUCAUGUGUUGUCCAGUAUUUGUUUCAUGAACUUGAGAUGGUGACCAGUUGGAUAAAACUGUUUGUACAGUGAACAGCUCCUGCAAGGGUCCAAAUGGGCUUGGGUCUCUGAGAUGCUUUCCUAGAAAAAAAAUCAAGUGCGUGAUACAACAUUUUGCCUUUCUCAGUCAUCCCAAUAAAAUUGAAAGCCAGAAAAUCUACAUUUUUUGCACUGAACAGUACCUUUUGCCAUUGAUGGCAAGAGUUAUUGUUAAUGAGGGUCAGAUGUCCAAAUCUGUCUGAACUGGCACAAAACCAAAACCUUUUAGUGACUAGUCCCUGACUCUGCAUGUAAAGAUAGUGGAUUUGAUGCAGAUUAGAGUGCUAGUUAACAAAGAUGAGUAAUUUCUCUAUGGGCCAACACAAAAGAUGCAUUUUCAGUGAGGAAAGCAUAGCUCUCCUUUUUGCCAAGUAACCCUGUAGAAAUGUCCCUCAAGGUUUAGCACACAUUGCCCAGGAACCUGGGCUGAUAUAUAUGGUACUGUGGGCGUGGUCCUGUGACUGGGACAAUAGAAGUGCUCUCUGUCCCAGUAAGAAUUAAUGAAAUUAUAGCACGACUGGGUCAGGGUUUUGCUGCCCUGCAUGGGACAGGGGUUGUACACCCAGGGCUGCCCUCUUCAUAACUGCUGAAUGGCCCUAUGUGCCGUGACCAAGUCCUUGCUCAGAGAGCUGCAGAGCAAUUUAAAGCAAUUGAGGCUUGGGUUUUUUUCCCUAACAUAGCACAGUCUGAAGCAGUGAAGUAAAACAAAUGUUUGUUUGGGAGAUCUUAAUCAUGUCUCUGUCUGUAAAGGUGAAAACUCAGCAUGGGUCACUCAACAGGGAGUCAGAAAUUGUAUUGGGCAGUUAUACAUGUGAAGGUACAGAGUAAAAGCUUCAAAAAUGCUGUGCCUAAAAGUAGAUCUAAGCAUUUCUCUUUAAUAAUUUGUUAGAGCUGGUAGUAUCUUGGAAUUGAACAGCAUUUAAUAAUGGUUAAUUAUGGAAUUGGCAGUUAAAACUGCUCAAAAUCUCCAGAAGGAAAAGACAAAUUUGGUUUGAGACACCUGUAGAGCACGGAGUUGCAAUAAAUGUAAAAUAUUGCCAGGUGCUUUAUGAACUCAGUUUUUUCCUAGGAUUGUCAGAGAUCUUUAUGUGACUGUAUCCUGGCCCACAUUGGUGCUGUGGUUCAGCAACUGGGUAAAGACACCUCUGUGCAAAAAUUUGUAGCCAUGCAUUUGUGAUGGACAUGUGUGUUUUGGAAAAGAUGAGCCUAAAACAGGCCCGGCGUAAAUUGUGCUUGAUAAAAGAGCUCGUGAUUUGCAUGUUCCAGAUGUGCUGGAAUAACUUGCAUCUAAGCAACUUCAGUUCCUUCCAGGCAUCUGCAAUCACACACCCUGACAGCAUGCAGGUGCUACAGUCUGCUGGGGUUGGGAGGGUGUUAAAAUGCUAGUGGAAAGGAAAAUUCAGGAUGCAUAUUGUCAAUGCCCUUCCUGUUCUUCAGUCAUGCCUGAAGACAGAACUUUGCUGGGCCCUCACAGGGCCAAGCUCAGCUCUGCCAAGUGCUCUGAGUGAUGUUCACUGAUGCUGUGCAGCAGUGCAGAGCAAUGAUGCUCUCCUCUCCAUGUGUACAGGACCAGGGGAAGUUGUAAGGGCUUGCCAGAGUUUGAGGACUGUUUUGUCAAGAGCUACUACAAGUUCUUGCAAUGUGAACCUCUAAAUUUUCAAAGACUCAGGCAGAAAGGACUUGCAAAACAGACUGUACCUGUCAUCUCCCAGUUCAUUGAUUGCUUGGACCAAAGGUGGUGCUAAAUCUGAUCUUUAUCUGUAAUAUUUAUAUUUUGUUGGACUUUUUUUUUAAGUGUUUGGUAAAACAGAUGCAGUGUCCUUCUUACAUGAGAAGUUUAGUCCCAGCUUGGGACAUGGCAAAAAUCACUGGAUCUUCAGGGUCCAGAAUUGUUAACAUUUGAGCAGACUUGCAGUGUUCUGGGGGAGGUGGGAAAAGGGUACUCUAUCUUCAGAUGCUUGCAGACUGUAAGAAUUGACUUGUGAUUAUUUUUUGUUUGUUUGUAUUUUGUUUACAUUGCCUCUUAUGCCCUAAGGAAAAAUAAAUUUUUGACCUUUUUAAUUGUUA